CAAUGACCCGCCGGGCAAGGACGGGCGGCGGGCUUGGCCUGCUGCGGCCGGGCCGGGCGUCUCCCGGGCCCUCCUUUUUACUGGCGGUGCUGUAGCGCGGGGGAAGAAAGUCCUUUAGAAGAACACGGAUUGCUCCGUCGCUGCCUGUUGCGGUCCAGCACUAUGUUGCUUCACGCAAAUGCAAUUUGAUAGUGCCAGAAUGCGCCCCGCAGCUUCUCAUUAAGCAGUGUAUGGUUAGCUUGCUCCUCAUUGCCCAUGCAAACUAUAUUCUGCAGAAACACUCCGCCUUCUUUAAGGACAGGAAGUGUCUUUGGGUCUUAGAGUGCUACGUAAUUGUGUUGUUGUUUCAGGCUGCGUGGCUUCUUUGGGGUUUAAAACAUGAGCUGCUGACGUAAACGUUCCCACUCCCCCUUCCACGCGUGUUAGCAAGGGAACUGUGGGUAUGGUAGGAUUUAAGGAAGCAACUGAGUACAAGGCUUUUUUAGUAAUUAUUGGGAAACUGAGUAAAAGCACACAUAAGUUAUUUUAAGUCUUCAUGAAAUUGAAGUGCAUUAAGGAAAACUUGCUGUAUCUAUUAUCUAAUUAAAGACAACUGCAUGUUGUCUUUAAUUAAAAGCAGCAGUUUGUAGACACUUGAGUGUCAAAAGAUUUAUUAAACUAAUUUACCUGAAGUCGAAUUACAUUAGUAGGUGAGUCUUUCUUUUCUGACCUGUAGUACACUGUUUUUAUUCAGGUAUUGUAAAGAGUACAGCCUUUAGCUGUACUCUGUCCAUGCAGGCACUGGUUAGGUAUCCUUGGAUAGUUGGACCCUACAUUUUUUUUCCCCCUAUCGACAUAUGGAAGGUGUGUUCAUUCUGCACUUUGGAGGACUGAUAAGGAGUUGCUAUAAUCACUGAAUCCAGCAGCUGCAAAUGGUGUCUUACCAUUUCUGGGAGUGCUGCCACAUUGGUGUUACUGAAGUUACUGACUUUAUCCAUGCUUUCACACUGCUUGCACUCAGAAGAUUGUAGGGCAGAGCAUUAACUUUAAAAUGCCUUUACUGUUCUGAUGCUUGUCUUUGAAACCCUUCUGAUAAUUCCCAAUGUCCCAAAUGUAUGUUCGGCAGCAGACAACAGAGAGAGCAGUUGAACAGAUUUGCUGGCUUUGGUAUUGGUCUUGCAAGCCUAUUUACAGAAAAUGUGUUGGCACAUCCUUGCAUUGUUCUACGUCGUCAAUGUCAGGUUAACUAUCAUGCACGGAACUAUCAUCUCACACCAUUUACAGUUAUCAAUAUCAUGUACUGCAUCAAUAAGACACAGGGUCCAAGAGCUCUCUGGAAAGGAAUGGGCAGCACCUUCAUUGUUCAGGGCAUAACCCUAGGUACAGAAGGCAUCAUCAGUGAAUUUACACCUUUGCCAAGAGAGCUUUCACAUAAAUGGAACUUCAAGCAGAUAGGUGGACACCUUUUACUCAAAGGGUUAACACAUGUGAUAGCCAUGCCUUUUUAUUCUGCGAGCCUGAUUGAAACUGUACAGAGUGAAAUUGUUCGAGACAAUCCCGGCAUCCUGGACUGUGUGAAAGAAGGAAUUGGCAGAGUUGUAGGCUUGGGAGUACCCCAUAGCAAGCGUCUCCUUCCUCUGAUGAUCCUGACUUUUCCCACUGCUCUGCAUGGAGUUCUUCACUACGUCAUCAGUUCUAUUGUCCAGAAGCUUGUCUUGUUUGUUUUGAAAAGGGAUAAUUCCCACAACCUUCCAACUGAGAGCUCCACUUCCGUGCAGAGAAUACUGGAUGCAUAUUUUCCAGAACUUAUUGCUAGCUUUGCUGCUAGCCUUUGUGCCGAUGUCAUGCUUUACCCACUGGAAACAGUUUUGCACCGCCUUCAUAUUCAAGGGACACGCACAAUAAUUGACAAUACAGACCUUGGCUAUGAAGUGCUUCCAAUCAAUACUCAGUAUGAGGGAAUGAAAGACUGCAUAAAUACUAUAAAACGGGAAGAAGGAAUGCAAGGUUUUUAUAAAGGAUUUGGAGCUGUUAUAGUGCAGUAUACCUUGCAUGUGGCAGUUUUACAGCUUACCAAAAUUAUUUACUCAACACUGCUUCAAAAUGUUCCUUAAUCUGUCCAGGUCUGGAUCUAGCACAUUGGACAUGAUUGACUUGCUAACCUUGUUACUGUUUAAAUGGCUUAGAAAAUGAACUUUGGGGAAUCCACCCUGUGGAUUCUCCUUACACUGUAGAACAACUUGUUUUAAAAAUGGGGAUAUAGUUUCCGAAGUGUAAUUAAAAAAGGACUGUUUAAAAAUUACAGACACAAACUGAAUAUGUCAUAUGCAGUCAUACAAAGGGGAUCAGAUUUCAAAUAUGAUUGCAUUGAGGAUUUACUUUUCCUCUUACCAGUUCUCGGACGUAAGGAAUGGAUAUGAAUUAUAAGUAUCUGCUUUAUAAGCAUCACAUCUGAUAUUUAAUAUGGACUGUUAGCCAGUUGAAAGGAGUUUAUUUUCUUAAGUUGUAAGGACUUGUAAGAAGGGGACUGAUGUCUUUACUGGUCUUUUAAAAAUGUUUCUAACUUCACUGUUAAUGGAACUGUGAGUAAAAUAGAACCUGUAAAAGUGACUUAAAUAGACUUAAAUGUAAUAAUUUACAGGUACAUAGAAGACUUCAUAGAAGACUUACUUUGCUACAGUGUCACAGAAGGUGACAAAUGGGAAUCUCUUGCUUUGUAUAAAAACAACAAAAAAUGAGUGUGGGGCAAAGUUGCCCAGAAUGCAAAUUUGGCUGUCCUGCAGUUUGUGUGCAAGGCUUGCAUUAACUUAAGUGUGUGAAUAAAGCAAAAUAGGAACUGUUGUGUGCAUGUCAUUUUUAGCUGACUUUCCACUGACAACUUCAGGGUUUAGUUUUACUCUAAUGCUCCAUAUAUCAGAGUGUAAUAAUAAUACAAAUCUGUGGUGUAGUAGUAGCAGUAGUGGUGGUGUUCAAAGUGUACAGAAAACCUAAAAAACAAUUGGCUGUUCCUAGAGUUUCUCUUUUGUUAGAUUGGAGGGGUGUGUAUAAAAUUGUCUCAAGUAUUUAGCACUGCUGUCUGUAAUUUAAAAUCUGCUGGUUUAAAUAUUUUGUGGAGCAGAGCUAAGCCUGUUUAUGUGCAAAGGAGCCACUGAAAUAUAUCAUUUUUGCCCUCUUCCCCCAUCAGACUUAGCCUGAAAAUUAUUUUUAAUUAUUCUAAAUAACCAAGUCCUUGGUUUCAUCAGUAAAUAUAGGGGUGGGGAGAUGGUUUUUGCAAGUUAAGACAAGCAUGUGGAAAGUCACUUUUAAAUUAUGAGAGGCUGCUGCUUUUUUCACAUUCAUGUGGCAAGUCUGUUUUUGUGAAUGCUGUAAACUGAUCUGCGUUUUAAUCAUCAAUCACUGUGUAGUUAUCACUUAUGGAAAGUAGUCAUGGUAAAAUAAUGCAAAGAUGUUGCUCUUUGUAAGUUCUGACUUCAGGUCUACUUUAUUAUUAAUCUAACUUUCAUGUAUUUUAAAUGCCUAAGUGUUGAAAUGGAAGGUAUGGUGAACUUGGAAACUAGUUUCUUUUGAAAUACUGUUGAUUGCAGUUUUAGUGUACAGUGUAUGAAAUAAAAAGAGAAUUCGCUGUAUGUAUUAUAAAAUAAUUCACCAAAGAGGCAUGUAAAGGAAUUCUGUUGUGUGUGUUAUGUUUUACUGUAUAGACUCCAGAGUGGUAUUUUCAAGUUCCUCAACCUCUCUAAGUGCAAGAACAUGAUGAACUAAACUACAUGCAAGAGUUUAGGUAAAAUACUCAGUUCCUGAGUUGGAUUCUUAUAUAAUUUCUAAGAGUAUCAAGAUGGACAUGCCAGAGAAUCAUCCAGACUGGAAAGCACCUCAUCAGGUCAUGCAGUCCAAGUUCCUGCUCUAAGCAAGGGCAGCAUUGACUUGUAUAUGCCCUGUCCAGUCAAAUUGUUAAUACAUGGAACUGGCCUUUUCAAAGGUGUUAAACUGAGCUGAAGCCAACCAUUUUAUCACAAUUACCGUGAAGAAGUAACUAAGUGCAUCUUGCAGUCUAGCACUUCCAGAUGUAUCUGUAAAAUUGGCCAAUCCUGUUUUUCUAGGAAUAAAAUUGUAGGCAUUUUGCCUUGUGAAUUGAA